GCAAGAUGGCGUCCAGCUCACUGGAACACGGCGGCGAUGGUCCGGUAGAGGGGCUGCCUGGCGGGACCGGAGUGCUCCCAGGCGGGCCAGGGGUGGGCGUUACAACUCCGGGAGGGAAGCAGCUAACGGUUACACCAGAGGAAAUGCAGAUCUUCCAACAGUGUCGAAGAGAGAGCUUCUUUUACAGAUGCCUGCCCCUAGCUGGGGUUUUUGGACUUGCCACCAACAGAUUACUUGCUGCAGGGUUUCUGAAGACUGGGAGAUUUGGAACAGGCCCUAAGUACAUGCUUGCAGCAAUAGCAGGCUGGGUGCUGGGGAAGUGGUCCUACAUGAAAACCUGUGAAAACAAAUUUCUCUUACUGGAGAAUUCUAACAUUGGAGACUUGAUUAGAAAGAGAAGAGGAAUGGUGCCCAUUGGUGGUGAUGGUCCUAGUGCAGACCAUUGGGGUACACCAGGGCAUGAGGGGAGUGGAACCCUGCAGGCUCCAGACAUGGGUUAUGGUCAAUUUAAGUCUCCUGGUCAAUCUUCAGAGUAUGGCAGUUACUCAUCAUUUGGGCAGGACUCCCCUGGGGCUUUCAGGGACACUGAAGAGGACUUAUCAGGACCUGUAGAAGCCUUUGGCCCAAUGUCUGUCCCUGAGGAUGAACAGUCCAAGAAGUACAUGACGUACGAAGAGUUACGGAAGCGGAAUCGAGACUCCUCACCGCCGCCGGUGUCUACACCACCUCAGCCGUCAUUUCAGCCGGCCUACAGGAUUGGUCGGGACGGCAACAGGGAGAGUAUUGAAGAAAGGUCGUCAGACGCUCAGUUAGAGCCCAAAGCUUUCAAAAUGGCGCUCGCCAUGAUCCAAACUUAUCUUGUGGGAGUUCAAGCGACGGUUUCCCAGCUAAUACAGGGCCACCGAUGUCUGAAAGAUCCAACAAGACAAGACGGGAAGGUUGCCAUAGUAACAGGUGGAGCAAAGGGAAUAGGACUGGAAGUGACUAAAGGACUGGCACAACUUGGCGUCCAUGUCAUCAUAGGUGGGCGGAGCCAAGAUGAAGCAAACACAGCCAUAGAAACUAUCAAGGGGUCCUGUCCACAAGCCAAAGCUGGAGUGAUGUUGACCCCUUACAGUCUAACAGAGGAUGGAUUUGAGACACACUUUGGAAUCAACCACCUCGGUCACUUCCUACUGACCAACCUGUUACUGGACGUCCUGAGGUCCAGUGGAAAACCUGAGCGCUGGUCACGAGUAGUGUUUGUAUCUUCGGCCGUACAUUCCAUUGGAGAUAUUGACUUUGCUGACUUAAACAGCAGCAAACACUACUCCCCACAUGCAAGAUAUGCUCAGAGUAAGCUUGCCAAUGUCCUCACCACUUACGAACUUCAGAGAAGGCUAUUGGCCGACCAAAGUCAUGUGACUGUCAAUGCCCUUCACCCUGGAGUUGUGAACUCUGACCUCUACCAGCAUGUCCUGUGGCCUUUGAGAAUGGUACAAAGCAUCAUGGGAUGGAUCGGUUUGACAAAGACUCCUGCACAAGGUGCAGACACCAUCCUGUAUGCUGCCAUGUCUCCUGACCUGGAGGGCAUAGGAGGUCGUUACCUUGAUAACUGUCAGGAGGUCCCAUCCAGCGACCAAUCAUACGACAGAGACUUACAGAGGAGACUCUGGGAGGAGAGUUGUAGAGUUGUACAUUUGGAAAACCUGUAAAUAUAAGCAGUGAAUGAUAAUUAAGUCUAUAAUAAAAUCUACAUAGGCCAAAGCAACUAAAUUUUAUGGAUGAUAUCCUUCGCAGACUCCAAAUCUAAAGCGAUAGGGUAAAAAAAAAAGAUUCCUACAUUUUCAAAUUUUGACAUUAUAAACCUUGUUAAGUAACGCAAGUCGCAAUCCGGUGAAACCGGUUCAAAACUACCUCCCGAGGUGGUUUGGGAUCGAGGCGCUUUCAAUGCCAUUUGGAACGUUCAGAUGGAGCCACUUAAAUGUGGCUUGGUUGGAAUCUGGAUCGAAAGUGGUUGCAGCAUCCCCGUGUGUAUGGGGCCAAAAAGUGGGAUACAUGUACUAAUAAUAUGUACAUGUAUAUUGUAUGCGGAAAAGCAAGCUGACGCUAUAAUUAUAAACUCAUCAGUCCCACAAACUUAGGAUGAAGGCUGACUCUUUCCAUUGUUUCCCUUUUUAAGCUUGACAUAUUCCCAUCUGGACACUAUAUAAUAUUUAGUGCAGCACAUUUAGCAGUAUAACACAAGAAAACACUUAGAGGCCUGGCUUUUAUUCAGAGCAUGGUGCAUUGGAAAAUAUAUUAUUUAGCGUACAUGUAACUUUAUUAAGGAUUAAUUUGGUCAAAAGUCUAAUGUAUGUCGCGGUGCCUAAUAUCAGCAUUUGCUACCAGUGGGUAACCCAUUGUAAUGCAAUGUCAAAAUUCCAAUAAAAUACAACUUACAGAUAUUAUUAAUAAUUACUUGUAACUGUUACAUCUCAAAAUGUCAGACCUGUAAUACACCCAGAUACCCUGUGAUACUCAGUGAGAUGUCGAGUAAGAAACUACUCAGUAGACUUAAUAGUUUUCUACUAAUCUCCAAGCACAUGCCCGUAGCCAGGGGGGGUUUGGAAGAACCCU